AUGCUUCGUCAACUACUUGCUGCCGGGGUCUUCUUAGGCGCCGCAACACUGGUUACGGCCGUAGCAGAAAGCUAUGAUUAUAUCGUCGUAGGGUCGGGUCCGGGUGGUGCCCCUUUAGCAGCAAACCUCGCCCGCGCAGGAUAUAGUGUGACUUUGCUCGAAGCGGGAGACGAUCUCGGCAACAACAAGAACUUUUCGGAGAUAGCCAACUUUAUCGCAGCGGGCAACGACGAGAAGUCGCGGUGGGAUUUCUUUGUUAGACACUCAGACGACAAAGCGCGCGAAGCCAAAUAUGAGAAAACAACUUGGCGUACAGCAGACGGUUCCUUCUACGUUGGACUUGAUCCACCAGAGGGGUCAACACGCCUUGGCAUUUACUAUCCUCGAGCGGCAACACUCGGCGGUUGUGCUAUGCAUAAUGGGGGCAUCUGUACCCUUCCGAAUGACGCUGACUGGGAUUAUAUCGCCGAAAUUACGGGUGAUGACGGCUGGUUAGCGAGUAAUAUGCGCAAGUACUUCGAAAAGAUGGAAGCAAAUGAAUACCUACCACCUGACACACCGGGCCAUGGAUACAAUGGCUACGUAAACACAACAAUUAGUGACCCGUCGUUCAUGAAAGAAAACUCGGAUGUCCAGGAGCUUACAAGCCAGCUUAUCUCGCAUAUGGGAGGCGAUGCAGGAAGAGAUAUCAAUGCUUUCAGCCCGGACCGUGAUCAGACUACGGGAGUCUUCGGACUAACCAGCCAUGCAGACAGGAAUGGGAAACGAGCUGGCACGAAUACCUAUUUGAAAAGAACAUUGGCCGACCCCGCAAAGUUCAACUUGACAAUCCAGCUAGAGACGCUCGUGACUAGGAUCCUGAUUGAUCAGAAACAUGGAAAACCCAGCGCAACAGGAGUCGAAGUUCUAAGAGGGUCUCAUCAAUAUGAGGCCGAUCCUUUCUACAACGCUACCAAGAAGGGCAAACCUAGUCGAAUUUACGCCCGGAAGGAAGUUAUCAUCGCUGGCGGCACUUUCAAUUCCCCCCAAAUCUUGAAGCUUAGUGGUAUUGGUCCGGCACCAGAGCUGAAGAAGUUCAAUAUCCCGUUGGUGAAAGACCUCCCGGGGGUUGGAGAGAACCUCGGCGACAACUAUGAAGCAGGCAUUCAAUCCUUGGCUAGUAAGCCUCUGAACGGUAGUUUUGCUCUAGUUUCUGUCUUCCUGAAGACUCGCUCGGCGCGCAGGACUCGGAAUAUUCAAGCAUGGUGUGGUGGAUUUUCGUUUGAGGGAUUCUGGCCUGGCUUCCCGACCGACUAUGGCCAGAACCAAUACGAGUGUGCCAUAGUCCACAUCAAUCCACGUUCGCAGGCUGGAUAUGUACGGCUACGCUCAGAUGACCCCCGAGAAAUGCCUGAUAUCAACUUCAAUUUCUUCGCGAAAGGUGGAGACGAAGACCUAACAGAUAUGCUUGAUGCGGUUAAGACAUUCCGUACAGCAUUGAACUCGGCGGGCUCGCCCAUCACGCCCUUCAACGAGCGACACCCAUGUCCUGGUGUAAAUCAAAAGUGCACCGACGAAGCACAGAAGGAGUUUAUCAAGCUGCAAUCCUACUCGCAUCAUGCAACCAGCACAUGUGCAAUCGGCCCAGCCCACGAUCCAAUGGCGGUGUUGGAUUCGAAGUUCAGGGUUCAUGGUGUUGGGAAUCUUCGUGUAGUAGAUGCAUCUGCCUUCCCAAAAGUGCCGGGUGCAUUUCCUGUCUGCCCAACGUUCAUGCUUGCAGAGAAGGCCUCAGCAGAUAUUCUGGCUGAUCUGGAAGAAAAGGGGGAAUAG